AUGGAGUGCGAUAAAACGGUGCUUUCGAUCCAAUCCCACGUCACCCAUGGCUACGUGGGCAACAAGGCGGCGGUUUUUCCACUUCAGGUGCACGGCUUUGAUGUGGAUCCGGUGAAUACCGUCAGCCUCUCCAACCACAGCGGCUACCCCAUCAUUCGAGGGCACCGCAUGAGCAUGGACGAGUACCUCACCUUGAUGGAUGGGCUUCGUGCGAACGACUUCUUGAAGCACUACCACUAUAUUCUCACGGGGUACAUCAACAACAAGGAGAUCGUCAGUCAUCUGGGGAACACCGUCAAUGAGAUCCGGGAGUGUCGCCAGAAGGAAGGGUUGAGCGAGGUCUUUUACAUCUGCGAUCCCGUCUUGGGCGAUAACGGCGCGUUGUACGUGAAAAAUGAUGUCGUGGAGGCCUACCGCGGGAUCCUCCACGUGGUGGACAUUGUGACGCCGAACUACUUCGAGGCCUCCGUCCUCAGCGGGAUCGACGUGAAGGACUUAACCACCGCGAAGGCCGCCGCGGAGUGGUUUCACGCGAAGGGCACCCCUUGCGUCGUGAUUAAAUCCUUCCCGGAUGCGGAGGAUCCGUCGCGGAUGCGGUUUUUGGUUUCCAUCGCGGAUCGCGAUCCGAAAGAUGGUAGGCUGCUUCUCCCACCACGGCUUUACAGCGGGACUUUCCGCCAUUUUGGUGGGCAUUACACAGGCACGGGCGACAUCUUCGCGGCCUCGCUUCUCAUCUUUCAGCACAGCUUUCCCAUCCACGUGGCGGUGGGGAAGGCGAUGUCGGUUUUGCAGGAUCUAGUCGGCGCGACGUACGAGCGCUGCGGGGGGGAAAAGGGCUCGAUGAGUUCCCGUGAGUUGCGGGUAACGCACUCGAUUGAGGCGCUGCUCCACCCAAAGGCGGAGGUGCUUGUGGAGCCUCUAUAG